AUGCAGCGGUUACAGAUGUGUUCUCGGCCAUCGGAAGAGUUUCUGAUCAACCUCUCGCCGGAUUCUGCGAGCCCCGAUGGUCUCGUUGUCUAUGACGUCGCCAAGAAGGAACUUCUUCUUCACAAUAAUGUUUACAUGUCUGUUAAUGGAGAGAGAGCUAUUCACAUGAUCCCUCUUGUUAUUUUUCUAUGUGGUUUUGUUCUUUGGGUUUUUUCAAGUGCUACUACUAAUUAA